CAGUUACCCAAUUGAAGGGCUAAUGUUGCUAAGGGACAUGUCUGAUUGGGGUCUGCAGAAUUUGACUCUAAACCGGUUUAAUUUUAAAGGGUUUUCUUAACCAAUAGUCAUUCAGACAACCAACCAAUGUACUCUUUCUUAUGGCGAGCAAAUCUCUUGUUGGAUUAGUCUGGAUUGGACUGUACCACACAGGUAAAGUAUUUGAGAAGAUUCUGCCUUCGGGCAUUCCCAUCUUAAGUUUUCUAGCCUGGGAAAAAUGGUUUUCUGUAGUCUGAGAAAUGUCAAAGAAACUUGAGUCUUCUUUUUCCUUCCUUCUGUGUCAAGUAUUACAGGCUUAAAUGAUCAUUUUCAAAAAAAAAAAAAAAAAACCCAGCUAGGUUCAUAUUAUCCAGGGGUGUCAUUUAUUCUAUUCAUGUAUCUACCUUUCACACCUCUCUUCCAUGUUGAUUAUUGCAGUGAGAGGACCAAAACACAUUGCUGUAAUAGAGGUGAGGGCUGAGGUGCUCCUCCACAUGAAAGAAGCUGCCUCAACUUCAUAUCCUUGUACAUCGAUCAUGGUAUUAAUAGAAUCGGCGUUGCUCAGUGAAUGGAGAAUAGAACGAAGACAGAUAGAAGGGGGAGGGAGGACAUGCGUGAGUGUCUGUCUAUGAAUGAGUGUCUCUCUGUGCCCCCUCACUAUUGUCACCAAAGAAAAAUGCAGAACAUAGAAGUCGAGGAUAACUUGAGUACCCCCAUCCUUGUUUUUAAUUGCUUGAUCCAUGCCAGUCCAGUACUUGGCACUACCUUAAGGUGGGUUGUAAAGUCUGGACGACAUCCAUAUUCACUCACUUUCAGACACAUGCACUCCACAGAACAGUCACGAGUCAAUUCCGGUAUGGCACAGAGGGAAUGGUGAGAAUUACAAACCCUCGGUGGAAAGAGCAAUUGUAUCCACUCGUCCGUGGCCUUCCUCCCUCACUCCUUUUCGUUCUCCUCCUCCCCCUGUGAGCGGAACACAGGCGAUUAGCUGUCCUCCUCAUUGGUGGCGCGCUGCGGACAUCGCCAGGGCUUAUUUGUUGAAGGGGUUGCCGUGGAGACUGGCGGUGGUGGCGAGGCAGAGUUGGAGCCAGAAAGAGAGAGAAGAGGGAGAGUCAUCCAUCUACUGCAGAGAGAGGAGGAGAGAUUAAAAAAAGAGAAAGGGAGGGCGCAAACAUGGGCUUCGCUCCUGUUAUCUUGUGAACGGCUUCCAGCUAGCGCACUUAGGCGAGACCUAUAUCCCUUCCUCUCGCUUUGCUUAAGAGGGUGAAGAGUUCACACAGGCCCCCAUGUGUCGAACACACCGCGCAGCCCUUCCAAUCUCAUGAGCACCGGGUGAAGCCGGAGAAGGGUGGCUCGGACCCCCGGGAGGGUACCAGAUACCAGAUACCUUAAAAUAUCGGCCAGCCUGUUGAAGCAGCUGUGGCUGGAUGAGAGGGAGAUGCGGGCUACAGUAAUCUUGGUGCAGGUAAACCCAGGAGAGGCCUUCACGAUCCAGCGAGAUGAUGGUCAGUUUCAGUGUAUCACAGGUCCUGCUCAGGUUCCCAUGAUGUCCCCAAACGGUUCAGUGCCUCAAAUCUAUGUGCCUCCUGGAUACGUUCAGCAGAUCAUUGAGGAGAAUGGAGUCAGGCGGGUGUUGGUCUUACCUCAGACGGAGUUUCAUCCGGGGGGCCAUUCUCCACUUCACCACCCGCCCCCUCCACCCCAUGCCCACCUGCAGGCCUUCAUCCCGCACCCGCACAUCAUGCACGCUCCCGCUCACCUGUACUCAGGCAUGGCUGGAGGAACCGGAGAUAUGAACCCCCAGUACAUCUCCCAGUACCACCCAGCACACACCACCAUCUACUCAGAGCAGGAUACUCACCCACCACACGGACGCGCGGCAUUUUCUCACAGAGAUGAAAGGGCUAGCAAAACCUAUGAGCGCCUGCAAAAGAAACUGAAGGAGAGGCAAGGGGUGGGCGGAGGGGGUGGUGGAGGCUUGGCCCCCUCCAAAGACAGUCCCCCUCCAUCCCCGCAGAAGAGCCGUGGAACACCACCCUCAGGAGGAGAUCUGCAGAACGGGCUGGGGGGUAAGGGCGCAGAGGAGCAGGCACAGCCCAGCACUGCUGUCGCCGACCUGGGCAAAAGCCCAGGAAGAGAGGAGGCGGCAGAGUCUGGAGAACUUGACGAAGAAGCAAAGGCUCUUCAGGAACGCUUAAACUCCAUCUGCAAACCAGUGGUGACAGACAUUCAGGCCAGAGGGGCCAGUUUGAGUUGGGUGGCCCCAUCACGGACAGAAGGGGACGAUGAACCCAAAGAGGGAGAAGAAGUCCCUGCGGAGCCCAGCCUCACGUACGAGGUCUCAGUAUCGUACAACGGCAAGGACGGGAAGUACAAGACCGCCUACAGUGGUGUGGAACUAAGUGCAACUUUACAAGACUUAAGACCAGCAACAGACUACCACGUCAGGGUCCAGGCUAUGUGUAACUGUUUACAAGGUGUCCCUUCAGAGCCCGUGAGCUUCACCACUCUGACCUGUGAGCCAGAUACACCCAGCCCUCCACGCAAAGCCAGCGGCACCAAGAGCAGCCUCGUCCUACAGUGGAAGGCUCCGUGUGACAAUGGUUCCAAGAUCCAAAACUAUAUUCUUCAGUGGGACGAGGGGAAGGGGACAGGUGUGUUUGAACAGUGCUACUACGGCCCUCAGAAGCAGUACAGACUCACCAAACUCUCCACAGCUUCCAGAUAUUCCUUUCGGCUGGCUGCCAAAAAUGACAUGGGGGUCAGUGACUUCAGUGAAGUCGUCCACGUCAUGACAUCAUGCAGUGUUCCUGCUCCCCCCUUGAGCCCUGAGUUGAUUCAGUCUGGGGUCACAUGGCUCUGCGUGCGGUGGCAAAGGCCGGCCGGCUCGCCCAAAGAGGACGAAAUCGGCUACGUGCUGGAGAUGGAAGAGGAGGGCUCAGGUUAUGGUUUCCAGGCCAGUUAUGAUGGAGACGACCUGUCACACACUGUCAGAAACCUCCACAGGAGCACCACGUACAGGUUCAGGAUUAUCGCCUAUAAUGCAGAAGGGAAGAGUAACCCCAGCGCUGUGUCUGAGUUCACAACGGCCCCUGACAGACCGGGCUGCCCCUCCAGACUCACAGUGAAGGGAAAACCUCAUCCGACCAGUUUCCGCCUGACCUGGGACCCUCCCAAAGACAAUGGUGGCUCAGAUGUGACGAAGUAUGUGGUGGAGCUGUCUGAAGGGUUAAGUGGUUCUUCUUGGAAUCAGGUUUACACCGGUUCGGCUAUGGAGUUUGUUUGUGACGGUCUGAGCCCAGGAUGUUCAUACCAGGCUAGAGUCCACUGCAUCAGUGUGGGAGGAGAGAGCCCGUUGACGGAGGCCUUGCAAGUCCAAACGCCACCUGUUCCUCCUGGUCCAUGUCAGCCACCCAGGGUCGUGGGCAAACCCAAAGCGAGGGAGGUGCAGAUACGCUGGGCGCCCCCUCUGGUGGAUGGAGGAAGUGCUGUGUCUUCGUACAGCCUGGAAAUGUUCGCUCCCCAGGUGGAGGAGGGCAGGGAAGUGUACCAGGGCUCUGAACUGGACUGCACAGUUGGCAGUUUACUGCCCGGCAGGACCUACGGCUUCCGGAUCAGAGCUGCCAACAAAGCUGGGUACGGCCCUUUCUCAGAGCGCUCUGAGGUCACGACAGGUCCGGGGGCCCCUGACACAUGUCGGCCCCCUCAUGUCACCUGUAAAUCACCUACGUGUGCUGUGGUCAGCUGGGAGGCUCCUCCCUGUAACGGAGCAGCUGUCUCAGAGUAUCGUCUGGAUUGGGGGGCAGCAGAGGGCAGUAUGCAGGUGUGUUACACCGGUGCUGCACUGUCCCAUGAGAUGAGGGGCCUGCUGCCUGCCACCAACUACUUCUGCAGAGUCCAGGCGGUGAAUGUAGCCGGUGCGGGGCCCUUCAGCGACGCCGUGUUUUGUCAGACACCCUGCUCUGUGCCAGCGACGGUCAGCAGCGUCCAUGCUCUCCGCGAGUCAGAGAUGAGAGUGGAGCACAGGACCACAGAGAGGGGCGAGGAUGAGGAGGAAGAGGAGGAUGAAGAGGCCAAUCCUCUCCUCUACUCUCCAUCCACCUGCCUGGGGCUACGCUGGGAGGCACCGUGUGAUCACGGAUCGGAGAUCACGUCGUACCUGAUCGACCUGGGAGAGAAACAACCCAUCCUUACAGGGCCCGUAACCAAAUACAUCAUCCAGAACCUGCAGCCUGACACCACCUACAGGAUAAGGAUCCAGGCUCUAAAUAGUCUGGGUGCAGGACCCUUUAGUCACACCUUUAAACUGAAGACCAAGCCACUGCCACCCCUCCCUCCACGUCUGGAGUGCACCGCCUCCAGCCACCAGACCCUCAGGCUCAAGUGGGGCGACGGCCCGGCCAAGGCCCAGCCCACAGAUUCCCUACAGUACCAUCUCCAAAUGGAGGAUAAAAAUGGGAGGUUUAUAUCCUUGUAUAAAGGACCCUGUCACACUCACAAAGUGCAGAGGCUAAAUGAGUCUACCUCGUACGCGUUUCGCAUCCAGGCCUUUAACGAGGCGGGCGAGGGGCCCUUCUCCACUGUUUACACCUUCACCACCCCCCUCUCCCCACCUGCACCCCUAAAAGCUCCUCGCGUGGAGCGUGUGGACGAGUCAUGUGAGGUGAGCUGGGAGACACUGCCACCUAUGAAGGGAGAUCCAGUCAUCUACUGUUUGCAAAGCAUGCAGGGAAAUUCUGAGUUCAAACAGAUCUACAAGGGCUCAGCCACUUCCUUCCAGCUCCCGAACUUGAGCUUGUCCACGGACUACCGAUUUCGCGUCUGCGCCAUCCGGCAGUGCCAGGACGCCCCCGAAAUCAUCGGGCCCUACAGCUCCACCGUCAUCCUGCUCCCACCUCGCAUCGAUACCCCCGGGGCCUCCGGCACCAUGGGGUCCAAAGCAACCGAGGCCCAGAAGCCAAAACGCAGCCUGACGGACGAACAGUUUUCUUUCCUCAUCAUCGCCCUCUUGGCCGUGACCUCCAUCCUCAUCGCGGUCGCUAUCCAGUACUUCGUCAUCGAAUGAGCCUCGGCGCCGCGUUACAUCGUCAAAACAAGUUUUUGGUUUGUUGAUGUUUGUUUUUGUUUCUUUAUUUUGGUUCCGGCACAAGCCGCUUGAAGGGAAGGAUUGAGAAAAGGAAGUUGUAGAAUCACUUCACCCAAUCUGUUGUUCUAUCUUUCUCGCUCGCCUUCUGCGCAUGCUGUCGAAAGAAAGCCGUUCCCUCCCGAUGGACUCGAAAGGGCGAUUUAUUGAAGGAUCAGCAGCGAAGCUUAACGCUCGUCGCAUACUCAUCGUACCACUUCAUUUAUUUGUGUAGCUAUAGUCUUUAUGUUAUUUAUAUGUAUAAUUUCAGUUGUAUACUGUCGAGUGUAAGUUUCGUUCAGUGUUCCAAAGCUAGCUCGGUGGUUGCGCCGCUCACCGGUUUGCUAUCUUGGGCCUGGGACUUGAGGGCCAGUGACUACACCAUCAGCGAGGGGGUCCCGAGCAAUCCCCGGGGAGAUAAAGUCUACGGCGUAAGGAAGGGGAGGCGAGACCGAUACCGCUCGAAUUAGCGAACGUUGAUUUAGCACUUUCCUCAGAACUUUUUUUGAUGUUCAGAAUGUGUAAAGGAUGCAAAAAUAACUAGAGAAAUGUUAGUAUAUUUUUGUACAGUAUGAUACGAGGACCUGAGAUUCUGGCUUAGUACGGGGAGUAAGACUAUGAAUACCAAACUAACUCAGCUUAAUAGUUAUUUUUACUAUCAUGUACGUAUACUGUAGCUUGUUUUUACAAUCAAGCAGCUGCUUUGCUCCAAAAUAUUGUCGUUCAGCACAAACAAUGUACGCUUUCUCGGAAACCUUUCCUUCAGUCGUUACCUUUGCACCUUAGUGAGAAGAGAAAAAAAUACUUAUUGAAUGCGUCUUGAUCUUGUGAUGCGUUUUAUGGAACAUUGUUCUCCAGUUGUGCAAGCCCUCAAUGUGUUUUGGCUGUUUUUAAAAAUGUAGUACCACAAAAAUUGUUCUUGAAAUGGUUCUGACAAUAAUCAUGAUUUUGAAAGUCAGAGUAUUUUCUUAAUUUCUCUAUUGUUAAUGUGUUUUUGUUUUUUUGUUUGUUUGUUUUUUGUUUCUGUUUCUGUUUUUUUUUGGGGGGGGGGGGGGUUAGUUUUAGAAACCGAAUUAUAGCAUUGUGUUAACCUUUACUUUUACCAAUAUUAUUUUUUGAUGUAAUCUCGAGAGUAUUGUAUAUAUGACUAAAUCAUCAUUUUCAGAUAUCUGUUGAUUUUUUUUUUUUUUUUUUUUUUUUUUUUUUUUUUUCUCGUUUAAAUCACACAUUUGAACUUUAUUUUUUUAUAUGGUAAAUAAAACUUUUAAGUUAAUUCUGUCCAACAGAGAAAUUAAGAAAAACACAAGAAACAAAACGCAAAUCGCAGUAAUGAAUUGUGUUAAUCCUACAUGUACUUCCUGUGAAUCUAAAUUUUUGCCUUUUUCUCUGUGUGUUAAAGUCUCGUGACUGAUUGUCAACGCUGCGUGACGACAGCAUGACGGUCCGGUCGUAGGGUUUCGUGUUUUGUGCUUUUGGUUAUGGGCAUAUGAAUGCUGUCAACAACAGUUAACAACUACAGGUACCUUGCAAGAAGUCUUGGAUGAAAAUGAAUUACAUGAUUUGGUCUAAUAGAUAUACUGCAAAUGUCUUCUGUUUGUCAUUGAAGGAAAAAAAAAAAAUCUCAAAUUCCUAUUUUUGAUAGUGAUAAAAUGUAAUUGCAAAGUGUGCCAUUUUAACAUCUCCCCACCAUGGUAGGCGUUUGGUUCUUGGGAGAAAGAAAAACUACAAAAAAUCAAUAAAAUAUGCACAAAAAAUGAGACCAUUUUUAUGUAAUUUUAAUGUUUGCAGUUACCUCAUACACCGUACAUUCCAAAACAAAAAUUUGUUAUAGUAUACAUACUACCAGACAUAUCACUUUAAAAUGUUAUCAGAUAGGAAAUGUAUAAUCAUAUAUAUGUAUCUAAAGUGUGUCUGUAUAGUCAUGAUAUCUACAGACUGAUCCAUGCACAAUAAAAGAUUUAUAAUUCUUAAA